UAUUGCAGUCCUGUUAUGAAGGCAGAACUUACCAAAACAAUUACGCAACAAGAGAAGGGCCCUGUGUGUUACCUGCCUGCCGUCCUCUGCUGCCGCUCGCCUGCUGUAGUGGCUGAAGGUGGGAAGACAGCUCAGGAGGUUGUCAUCUUGUGGUGUAAGGCAGGAGUCACCUCACAGAAGAAAGGAAGACGUUCAUGCUCCAGUGUGGUGAGCAGCGCGGCUGAGAUCACCAUGUCCCUGGCCUCCAAGGUGACCCUGGGCGCUGCGUGUUGUGUCACCGCAGCCAUCGUGGGCUACGUGCAUCUCAAGCAGAGCAUCGACAGAGAGAAGCUGCAUGAGGGAGUGAUCCGGGACGUGGAGAGGCAGCAGCGGCGCAAGGCAGAGAAUGUAUAUUUGUUGCAGCAACAGUCUGACCUCACCAAGCAGCUGAGGCAGGAGCAGCAGCAGAGGGAGGCAGCACAGCAGGCUGCCACCCCCACCUAGCACUGAGGUAGAGAUGACAUGCAGUAAAGGUGGGAACAAGCCUUAAGAUGAGGACAUCAAUCCUUCAGUCUCCUGGAAGUGUGAUGCAACUCAAGUGUGACAGCAGUUUAAAAGGGCAAGUCUCAAACAGACAAUUCACCAAACUGCACAGACUCACGAGGCUCAGCUCUGUUACAAGACUGGCAAUAUUAAAGGAAGUGAAACAAGCCACUGGAAGAGAUUGUGCUGAAAUAUCUAAUUUAAUUAUUUCCAAUGUUUGUAAUAGUGGUGGUCUGCACUGUCAGCAGUGCCUGGAGCAGAGUGCCUGUCACCUCAGACAUUUGUGAUAUAUUGCAAUAAUAAACAUUGUGUGUG